GACGCGCUCACCGAUUUGGCGCUAGAGAAGCCCGGGUCUCCUGCUCUAAGCACACAGCAGUCGCAGUAAUGUGCAGUUUUUAAACCUUUAGCUUUAGGAUCGCAUAAAUGUUUUAUCAUAUGAAUUUAAUGGACAGUCAUGUCUGAAGAGGAAAGUAAGGUUGUUGAUGAACUUUUUAAAGAUGUCAAAUUCUACGUGGUUGGGGACAUUGACCCAAAGGUGGUGCAGUUGUUGAAAGACGGAAAAGGCAAAGAGGUCUCCUACAAUGCUCUGGCUACUCAUAUUAUUGCAGAGGAUGGGGACAACCCAGAGGUGGGGGAAUCUCGUGAGGUUUUUGAUCUUCCUGUGGUAAAGCCAUCCUGGGUGAUCCUCUCUGUUCGAUGUGGAGACCUUUUACCUGUCACAGGGUUCUCUCCAGAAUCGGGUCAAAUAUUCUUUGGAGUGACAGCCUGUCUUCCUUGUCUUCCAGACGACCUCAAUGCAUUGUGGGCAUAUAUAACUUUUUAUGGCGGAGAAUGUCAGCUUAACCUUAACAAAAAAGUAACUCAUUUGGUGGUGAAUGAACCAAAGGGGGCCAAGUUUGAGUGUGCCCUUAAACAUCCUGGAAUUAAGAUUGUCACUCCAGACUGGAUAACAGAUUCAGUAAAAGCUAAGAGCCGGAAUGAUGAAUCGCUCUAUCACCCUCGACUUACUUAUGUGGAGCCAGAGGAAGCGGAUGAGAGUGAGCCAGAGUCAUAUGACCAACACUCCCAUUCAGAUGGAAGCUACAGUCCACGACGCUCCCGGAUGUCCAGUGGUGGCUCGUCAGCAGAGUCAAGUCCUCGCAGACGACCUGGCCCCAAAAAACUGAACUCCAUCUCCCCGUCGUCCCCACGGAAAACUGAACGCCGCAGCGAGCGCAUGUUUGACGACUCUGAUGAUGACUCGUCCACAGAAAAGGAGGGCACUAACCUCAACUGGACACCUGCUGAGGUUGUGACACCAACCCCUCCAUUUGCAUCAGGCACUGCCAGGCGGCGAAGUGGACCACCUGGCAACAAGGAUCCCGUAUCCUCAACAGGCAGUGGGUUGAUCAACCUGUGUGCCACUGUUCCUCCAGUCCCUGGCGCCGGACCCAUAUCAACAGAGGUCCGCACUGCUGCUGCCAUCAGUCAAAAUGCACAACAAGUUCCAGACAACAUGCCCGGUUGGAGCCCAGCCGCUAGAACACUUCGCAACAUUACCAACAAUUCUGACAUGCAACCAACUAUUCGACCCACUAAUGUAGCACAUAUUAUCCAGAAUCUGACAGCCAAUCAGGGAAAGCCAAUAGAGCAACAAACCAAUCAAAGCCAUGCUCAGACUCCAAACAGUAACAACCCCCUUCUGUUCAAUCAGUCCAAAAUGGCUGGGCAACAACUCACUGCGCAGCAGCAGCAGUUAAUGCAACAGUCACAUCAGACAGUUCAACAACAUCAUCAACAGUUACCCCAACAAGCGCAACAUCCAGUGAUGCAGCUCCAGCAGCAGCAGCAGCAGCAGCAGCAGCAGCAGCAGCAGCAACAACAACAGCAGCAGCAUCAAAUGAUGCAGCUACAUCACCAACAGCAACAGUCACAAGUUGUACAACAGCAGGGGUUCCCUCAGUUGUCCCAACAGCAUCAGUUCCUUCAGCAGCAGCAGCAGCAGCAACAGCAGCAGCAGCAGCAGCAACAACAAAUGCACCAACAGCAGAUGUUUUCCCAACAGCAGCAACACACCUUCUCUCAGCAGCAGCUGCGCCCUCAGCAGCUCUUACGCCCUGGUCUACAGCAGCUGCAACAGCAGCAAGCUCUGCAACAACAGCUCCAGCAAUUCCAACAGCAGCAACGCAUGCAGAUCUUACAACAACAACAACAGCAGCAACAACAACAACAACAAAAUCAACAACAAUUACACCAACAGCAUCUACAGCAGCAACAACAGCAACACUUCUUGCAACAGCAGCAACAAAUCCAGCAGCUGCAGCAACAGCAGCUGCAGAAUCAUCAUCAGCAGGCCAUACAGCAUCAGAACCAACAGGCCAUGCAGCAGCAACAGCAGCUUCAGCAGCAGCAGCAACAAACUAUUCAGCCGCAGCCACAGCAGCCUGCUCAUAUCUCUCUUUUUGGACAUGAGCCAGGACAAGAAAUUCCACAGGACGGGUUUUUGCUGGGAUGUGUGUUUGCCAUUGCUGACUAUCCAGAACAGAUAGCAGACAAACAGCUGCUGGCCACAUGGAAACGGGUGAUCCAGUUCUAUGGUGGUGUUGUUGACCCCUCCCUGACCAGUCAAUGUACUCACCUGCUUUGUGAGAGUCAGGUCAGCAACAUGUAUGUCCAGGCCCUCAGAGAGGGAAAACGCUGUGUGACAGCCCACUGGUUAGACACAGUCCUCAAACGGAAGAGGAUGGUCCCUCCUCAUCGGACGCUUCACCUGCCAUUUGCCUUCCCUCCUGGAGCCAAGCCUUGCUCUCAACAUAUUAUAUCUGUGACUGGUUUUGUGGAUGCUGACAGAGAUGACUUGAAGCUGAUGUCGUACUUGGCCGGUGCCAGAUACACCGGGUACCUGUGUCGGAGCAACACCGUCCUUAUCUGCAAAGAACCCACUGGGCUCAAGUAUGAGAAGGCCAAAGAGUGGAAGAUUCCAUGCGUAAACGCUCAGUGGAUGUGCGAUAUUCUUCUGGGAAACUUUGAAGCAUUAAGACAAAUUCACCACAGCAGAUACUCAAUUUAUACGCAUCCUGAGCCGCUGGUGCCAAACCUCCAGUUGGUCCAGAACUUGCUUGCCCCUUGGAGAACACCCGUCAAAGUAUCUCAAGAAGCUUUAGCGAACCUGCUGCUCAUCCAGAAACAGAAGCUGGCUGACUCCACAAACCAGCCAGCCAACAAAAAGGCGAGAUUGGAGGAGAUCCAGUCUCCCAGUAAGAAGCUUCCACCAGAGUCCACUCCAAGAGUUGUUUUCACAGGGUUCGACCCCACUGAAGUUCAGCAAUACACAAAGAGGCUGCACGCUUUAGGUGGUGAAGUAGCAGAGGGCAGUCUGAAGGCGACUCACCUGGUGGCAAGUAAAGUGAUGCGCACCAUCAAAUUUCUCGCCGCAAUGUCUGUGGUGAAACAUAUCGUCACCCCAGAGUGGCUUGAAGAGAGCUGGAGGAGCCAGAAGUUUGUUGAUGAACAGAACUACAUUCUGCGGGAUACCGAAACCGAGGUCUUGUUUGGUUUCACUCUGGAAGAAUCACUCAAGAAAGCCCACAGUGCACCACUCUUCAAGGGAAAGUAUUUUUAUCUAACCCCUGGAAUCAGCCCCAGCCUCAGCAGCAUGAAGUUGAUUGUAGAAAGUGCUGGAGGGAGAGUCGUCGCGAAACAACCUUCUUACAGGAAGAUAAUGGAGCAUAAACAGAACAAGAAUCUCCCAGAAAUCAUCUUGAUUUCAUGUGACAAUGAUCUACACUUGUGUAGAGAGUACUUUGUCAAAAACAUUGAUGUCCACAACGCUGAGUUCAUUCUGACCGGAGUUCUCACCCAGAAACUUAACUAUGAUUCGUAUAAGUUCACUUGAUGAAACAAUGAAGACAAUGAAGAGGAGCAAUCCGUGUUAAACCACACUGACUUUUCUAUGUUUUUACUUUUGUGCAUAGAUAAUCCAGUGUUUUUUGUAGUUUUUGGUAUACGUUUCUGAAUAAAUAAAUAGAUGUUAUUUUUGUCAGAUUAAUGUUCAAAUUUUGGACUGUUUUAAAUCUUGUUCUCACUGUUCAAUGUGUACAGGCUUAAUAUAAUGCUUUUUUGGGAAUAAAAUUGAUAAUUAUU